GACGUCGACGUCCUGGUGUUCUUUCAGCAGGAAGAGUCGGCACGGUUUCUGGACUCUCAGUGUAAAUGACAUUUUAAACGUUUUUAUGACCGGAUUCAGACGGAGAACCAGCCCGUGAGUCACCGUGGUCCUCCUGAAGCUGCUGUCGGAGCGGCGGAAACUGUCACCGGAGGUUCAUGUCUGCUGAGGGCGCGGCGUGAGGAGAAGCUAACCGGGAGCUAACCGCUAACGUUAGCCGUCAUCCCGCCGCUCGGUGCCGGGGACCGUCAGAGGUGAGCGCCGUUAGCCUUCCUCCAGACACUCAGAUCACGGCUCAUACAGCUGCUGUGGCCGAGAUAAACCCUCAGAGAGCCGGGCUGACAGGGUGACAACACCCGCCCCUGUCAGCACAUCACCGGGAAGGCAGCCUGUGAGAGGACUCACUGAAACCAACGUAAAAAUGUGACAUUUAAAGAGUUUCUCAGUGUAAAGGACAGGAAAACUCUGCCGGAAAACAUGACAGCAAACUUCCAUGAAAGGAGAGAGGGUUCUGGUCAGUUCGGCCUGUUUUAUCCAUCAGUGUGUAAAAAUUAAAAAGGGUAAAAAGAUGAGGACAAAAAAUUAUAAAUGCAGAACAAAGUGAAGGAUGUAAUGAAACAAUCAACCCGCAAUUCAGUACCAGUCAUAAUUCUGGAUUCAUUAUGACAUUUAUCAUGAAUUUGGAAAUGUCUGAAACCAGUUAAAGCUAAAUUCUGGGUCGAUAACAGAGACAGGUGUUUGUUCCUAAUCUUUAUAUAAUGAAGUAUUUCCUUAAAUCUUGGGGUCGUUUUCAAGGCUCAUGGUCGGGGCAAAGCGAAGCCAAAACAGUCAGAGCCCCCCCUGGGGACAGACUGUAGUAAGGUUCAUUCAACUAGCCUCCUCCAUGUAAACAGAUGGGCCAUAGACAUGGUGAUCAGAUGAUUAUUUUAGACAUCCUGUAAGUCUAGAAUAACCUCCUGUGUCUUCUUCCUUAACCCUGAUGGUUAAUGUCAUGGUGUUUGGAGAAUCAGUCUACCCCAUAGACUGUAUCUAGAAUAGACGCCGUCUGCCUCCUCCUCUCUGUGAGAACAGCGCCCUCUGGUGACGGGCUGCAGUAUAGGUCAUAAACCCCGCCUCCUUAUGGAGCUGUGGACAAACUUUAUAAAUGAAUGACACAGAAUAUAAAUGUUUCUCCCCCCUGGUUGUGAUGUUGACAUGUAGUUACUGUCAGACUGGUUUGUGCUCAAGUCCUCUUUUUUCUGUACAGCUCCAUUUUUAAAAGUUAUUAGGGGGUUCAUGUUUUCUAUGAUUGACACCUGAUACAGCCUAUGGGAGGACAGGGAUUGCGUAGCUCACCCGGGGGGAUACGCUGUUUGAGCCGAGCGUCAUCACAGCGACUCUCUGCGACUCUCCCGCUGAAUACGAACAACGUUACUGCGCAGCGCUGGUUUCAGGAAAUGAAGAAAAAUCUCAGAAAUACCGAGAACUUUUUGGCUUCAAAUCCGUAAACAGGCGGGAGGCGGAGCCAAGUUGUUCAUAGUAAAUACAGUCUAUGGUCUGCCCUCACACUCAGCGGGUGUUACUGAUCUCACCUGAAUCUGCUGUUAAAAACUACAAAUCACAGCAGACGGACUACAAACACCACUGUGCACUCUUACCGAGUUGCUCUUCGUCAUGAACGUUGAAAGAGAGGAAUCUUAAAAUAUCAUUAGUGCAAAGAUGAUUGGUCAAUUUCAGAUCUCACAAACACUAAAACCCUCGAUUACAGUUCUAGUGUAGUUUGGGCUUUAAGCUGGAAGAAUCUAGUGUAUGAAUCUGAACUGAAGGUAUCAGCUUCAGAAAGAGGUCAACAAACCAGCAUGGGGUCAGAACAGUGAGGUCCUUUAGCAGUCUAUGUUUGUUGUUGUAUAGAACUGAUGCAUGAAGCAGAUUUUUGAGUCCUGUCGGGGGAACAUGGAGGUAAAAUCAGUGAAUUAGUGAAAGAAAGGGCUCUGUGAGGAUCAAUGUCUAAAAUCAGCUGCUCAUAAAUGCUCGAUCUGAGCUGGUUAGGAUUAGCGCUCAGGAAAGUGUGUCAUGUGACCUGAGAGGUCCAAGGAGGAGGGUUGGUUUUACACGCCAGCGUGAAACUCUUCAAGGGCAGGUUCACAUUUUCAUCAGUCUGCCUCAGUGUGGCUGUGGUCUGGAGGCUAAAGGAUCCUCUGAGCUUCUUUUGGAGGGUAAAAGUCCAGACAAAGUCAUGAAGACUUUCCUGACUUUACCUGCUGUGUUUACACCUCCCCCUCCUUCUUCCAGAGAUUUUACUAAGUAAACUUUAUUUGUAUAUCACUUUUCACAGACAAAAAGUCACAAAGUGUUUCUCAUAGACAAUAAUAAAAAUGUACUUCAAAGGCCAAGACAACAACAUUAAACAGUCAUAUCAGCCCCAAAAACACUUAAACAAAAGCCUGAGCAAAUAAGUUUGGAGUCGGCUUUUAAAGGAGUCAACAGAGUCAAUUCAGCGCAGAGAGAGAGGGAGAUCAUUCCAACAACCUGGAAGGACCUCCUCUGGUCCGAAAACGAGUGUGUGGACCCAUCAGCAGGUUCUGAUCCACAGACCUCACAGCCCGAGGGGGGGUGUAAGGCUGGAUCAGAUCACAAAGAUGGAGCCUGACCAUGUAAGGCUCUAAACGUUAGGACCAGAAUCUUAAAGUGAUCCUUGAGGACACAGGCAGCCAAUGAAGAGCUUUGAGAAUAGGGGAUAUGUGAGUCCUCCUAAUAGCGCGGGUUAGAACUCUCGCUGCAGAGUUUUGAACGAACUGAAGAAGAGACCGCUCCUUUUUGUUCAGACAUGAAAACAAACUGUUACAGUCGUCUAAACGUGACGACACAAAGGCAUGAACGAUGAGCUCCAAGUCAUUAAAAGGCAGACUGGGAAAAUUCAGGACCAAGUCAGGAUGAAAAACUCUGCUGCUUGUGUUAAAACAUGCAGCUCUACCUGAAAACUCCAGAAAAAAAAGUUCAGGAAAUUUCCAUGAACUUUUCAGCGUGUUUGAAUCCAGAUGUGGAGUGUGUGUCGGUCACAGAGGGACGUCAGAGUCCAUGAAGGGUUUCAGGCGAGACCCUGAACACCAAUUUUUACUUCUGUUCAUUUGUUUGUUUGUCGUUCAGCUGGUCGUUGUAUGGGUGAUUGAACGGCAGCCAUGAGUGCGGAGCCGGACGCCCUGGCUGUGGUCAACCAGCUGCGGGACCUGGCUGCUGACCCCAUGAACCGCAGGGCCAUCGUCCAGGACCAGGGCUGCCUGCCAGGACUCAUCCUGUUCCUCGACAACCCCAACCCUCAGGUGGUCUACUCCGCCCUCCUGGUGAGUUCAAACAUGUGCGGGUGUUUUCCAGAAUACCCUUUUUUCAGUGUGUUGGUGCAGUUUUAAAGCUGUGACCUUCAGGUUUCUCUGGACCUUCGCCUGCCUCUCUUUGUCAUCCCGCUGUCAUGUGACUGUUGUCCUCAGGCCAUCCGUUACCUGGCAGAAUGCCGAGCCAACCGGGAGAAGCUGAAGGGGGAGCUGGGGAUGAUGCUGAGCCUCCAGAACGUGGUGCAGAAGUGAGUCAACGAUGAGACCGAGUUACAGAAACAAGGUCAUCCUCAUUUAUGGAGUUUGAAACCUCGUUAUGACAGGUGCUGAACUUCAACCUGGUCAGGGUUCGGAAUUAUUCAUCCUGCAGGGUUAUUCAGUUACCCACAAUUCAGCCUGGCUAACCAGGGUUCGACAGUGCGACCGUUUCACUCGCAUUUACGACUAAAAUAAAAGAUGUGUGUGAAUUGAAAAAUGUAUUUAGGGUCACAUAAAAAAAAAAUCAGCCGAGGCAACAAAUGUUUUUUUUUUUUCCUGUAAAUACGGCGGUGAAGUUAGUUUCAGGUUGGAUAUAUUUUCCUGUAAAUGAAGUUAGUUUCAGGUUGGAUAUAUUUUCCUGUAAAUACGGCGCUGAAGUUAGUUUUAGGUUGGAUAUAUUUUCCUGUAAAUACGGCGGUGAAGUUAGUUUUAGGUUGGAUAUAUUCUCCUGUAAAUACAGCGCUGAAGUUAGUUUCAGGUUGGAUAUAUUUUCCUGUAAAUACGGCGCUGAAGUUAGUUUUAGGUUGGAUAUAUUUUCCUGUAAAUACGGCGGUGAAGUUAGUUUUAGGUUGGAUAUAUUCUCCUGUAAAUACAGCGCUGAAGUUAGUUUUAGGUUGGAUAUAUUUUCCUGUAAAUACGGCGGUGAAGUUAGUUUCAGGUUGGAUAUAUUUUCCUGUAAAUACGGCGGUGAAGUUAGUUUCAGGUUGGAUAUCUGACGGACAUUCUCUGAGGAUCUACCGGUGUCUUCUCUCUCUCCAUAACCGGGAAUAACAACAGCAGCGUGGUUAAAUCUACUCGACACCCUCACUGUCAACGUCGGUGUUGAAUAAGGGACCGUCAAUAAAUUACCGGUUGAUGUUCUCAGAAAAGGCUGUUGUCCUUCAAUAGCUUCACUGUCAUGUGACCAAAAGACCUCAAAUUGAUUUCUAAUAAUAGUACUAAGGUUGAUCAAUAAGACAAACAUUAUUGAUCAGUUUCAUUGAUCCCCUAAAGUUCUUACUUUUUUUAACAUAGGAGAACAUGUGAACAGAGUUAGUGUCGAGUCCUGCUGAUGAACUCCUGAUCUACUGAACUCUGUAUGAUUCACGUCUCAGAGAGAGUCGCCGACUCUUUAAAAGAGUCCUGAAGGAUCAGAGAUGGUUUUAACGUCUGCUGUGCAAGUGUCUGACCAAAGUGUUGCUCCAGAGUGUUUCUCUGUGAGUUAGAGACCUUGUUGUUGUUGUUGUCGAUGGUUUGUUUUGGUUUUUCGGGGUUAAGUCGUCUCUGAGUUUGUGUUUUUUGGCUGCAGAAGCUGCUCAGUCUGUGUUCGAGGUAUUAAAGGGCUAAAAAAAGAACUCCACUGAAACAUUAACACCUCAGGUUCAGAGACGAGUAUUUCUCAUCAUUUAUCUUCGUUGUCCUCAAACCUUUUCCCUCUCUUGACCUUUAACCUCCCCAGUGCGGUUGUUUCCUGUUCCACUGACCUGAACUCUUCUCUGAUCUCAGUUUAAAUCUCUUUGCUUCUCCAUCAGGUCGACCACUCCCGGGGAGACAAAGCUGUUGGCGUCCGAGAUCUAUGAGCUCCUGCAGGCGUCGAGCGACGCCGACUCAGAGCCCGCCGAGGAGACGGUCAGUAGCCGCCGUAAAGCCCAGUUCUUCCUGGGCUCCAGCAACAAGAGAGCCAAGACCGUCAUCCUGCACAUUGACGGACUGGACGACUCGGUGAGCAGACGACGUCUCUCGCUCAGAGACAGACCAGGGUCAGGUGGUUCUGCCCCUGAGAUGAGACCCUCUGAUUUAGGCCGACUCAGAGACCCUUAAGACCCGGUUUGAAGACCCUGCUUUAGAAAAACCACAUGAACCCUCAUAGGUCUCAGUUAAAAUCACAGCGUCAGAGAUUCUCACAGUUUGAAGUGAGGGACUCUCAUCACCCCCGCUGUACCUCCUCUGUAGCACUCUGGCGCCCUCCUGUGGAGACUUGACUGUACUUCUGUAGUCUUUGCUCCAUUGUAAGGCUCUGUCUGAUAUCAACAUGUGCACCUAUCCAAAACCCCCUCUCUGUGGGGUUUAUACCCCUGACCUGUCUAAUCUGCUGCAUGAGUCUGGUUUUCAGGAGACCGAGGUCCCCCAGGACCCAGAGCUGAGUAUUUCCACAUCAAACAGUUUUUCAGAGCGUCCCCUGUUCCCCUGAAGGACUCGAAGAGAAAGUUUUGUUGUUUUAAUGAAGAUCUGGUAUUCUGUGUUUUUAUGUGGGACCCUCUGCUGACGGGACAGAUACCCAGGCUUUGUCUCCUGAGUCCUUUCACUGAGUCCGGUCCCAGAGCGACACAAAGCCAUUCAGCUCGUGGACUCAUCCAAACUCACAGUCCUGGUGUUUUCAGGCCCACAGCAGACUCUGUGGCCCCGCCUCUAACGCAUGUUUUCAGUCUUUCUCUGUUCACAGACGUCAGCUUUCACACCCCUGCCCAAAGGGGGGCCACCCCCGGUUCUAAAAAACUGCAGACCCAUCUUUGUUUGUACAGUCAUACUUGAUCUGACUUCCACUCCCAGUGAGCAGCACCUAUGUUAGACCCCACAUUACUCCUACAGAGACUGUGUGAGGCAGGACUUCCUGUUGGUGUGAUGACGGUCUGACAGACAGGACUCUGUGUGCACACAGAAGGCUGCACCUGUCCGUCUCUUUCAGUUCCCCGGGGAUCGGUGUCAUCAGACACCCUGAUGUACCGCUCAGCAUCCAGCCUCCUGUCCUGUCACACAAAUGAGGAAUUAAACUAAAACAUGUUUUCAAUGAAAACCGAACAAAGUGAUUCUGGUCCAAACCCAAACCUCUAGUCCUGACUCCUCAGGACCUGCAGAUGGAGUUCAUCCCCCUGAUGAACUUAUUCAGUAACUUGUCAGAGGAUUAAAACUCCGACCUGGAUUUUAUUUUAGGAUUAAAUCUUUUCUUUGGUUCCGGUCCAAACAUGUGUAGACUAAAACACUUCAGCCUAUCUGAGGUCCUCUUCAGACCUGUUCUUGUUUCCAGGUCUAUCUUCAGACCCUUUACCUUCUGUCAAACAGGAGAGGACAGUUUUUCACCUCAGGUCCUUUUCUUCCUGUCCGUCUCAAAAAUCUGAGCUGAGGGCGGGUUCAUAAAAACUGGUGAGGAGGGUCGUGUCUGAAGGACGGUUUAAGACCAGUGUUUCAACAUCUCAGAGCGAUGAGGAGACAGACGUUCAGCUUUGAGGCUCUUUGAGGAGCAACUCUUACCUCUGACUCAUCAUAAGAAACAGGUUCAGGGUGGCACUCAGAGACCCUGAUCAGGAUGAGGGUCUGGGUCUGAAACUUGUUUGUGUUGUCUCUGUCAGAGUCGGAGGAGUCUGUGUGAGGAGGCUCUGCUGAAGAUCAGAGGAGUCAUCAGCUUCACCUUCCAGAUGACCGUCAAGAGAUGCAUCGUCCGGAUCCGCUCAGACCUGAAGGCUGAGGUGAGACCAGACCCACAUCCAGGACCACGUCAGUCCUGUUCCUAGUCACAGAUGGAAACAGUUUCCAUCACUUCAGCUGUGUUCAUGAAUUUACCCUCAGAGUCUGAACCAGACUCUCAGUGACCUGACUGAGACGAUGACUGGUUCUGUUUUUCAGGCUCUGGCGUCUGCGAUCGCGUCCACUCAGGUGAUGAAGGCUCAGCAGGUGGUGAAGGGAGAGAGCGGAGAAGAGGUGAGUGUCAGAGAUGAUUUAGAGGGAACGGAGAGCUCCAGAGUGUAGACCCUGAGGUGGUGAAGGACAGAGGUCAUUAAACUGUAGAUGAUCACAGCUGCUGCUGCUGCGCUCACCUCAGACUCUACACCUUUAGAGGCUGGAAUCUGGUUUUAGAGAAUCAGGACCAGGAUCAUAGUCAGAGGAUGAGGACUAGAGAGACCACAACCCAGAACAAGAGAAACAAAAAGGGUUUAAUUCAGAGUUUUUAUGAACCUCCUUCAUGGUGAAGUUUUCCCAGAAUCCUCUCCGCCUCUUUGUUGAGUCACAGCAGAGAGACGGAGACGGACUCCAGGUCCAUCAGUCCAGAGUCUUAUAAAGGUUUCGCUCCGUCAUUCAGGAAGUUGAUCUCCUCUUGUUUUCUGUGGGUCUAACUGAGGUUCUCGUCUUCAGGUUCUGAUCCCGUUUGUGGAGGAUGGAUCUGUGGUCGUGGAGCAGAACGUGAACCUGCCUGAUUACCUCCCCGAGGACGAGAGUCCGUCUCAGGAGCCCGAUAAAGCGGUGAGCCGGGUGGGAUCCGGUCAGGAAGGAGCCAGCUGGCUCGGCGCGGCCACUAACUUCCUGUCCCGCUCUUUCUACUGGUGACCCUGCGGGGCCCCUCCCCUCCUCCGGACCUCCCCCCUCCUCUGAGAACCAAAAUCUACCAGCUGCCAAAUCUCACCUUGUGUCUCAGCGGCAGAGACGAAAAACUGGUGAGUGAAACAAACUGCUGUCAGAGAGGAGACCAUCCUUCUCCUCAGCCCUGCUCUCAGUGUGGACCGCUCUGUGAACAACCAAGAUGUCUUAAAACGGACCGGACCGGACCGGACCGGUCCUGCAGCAGAACGAACAAACACCACUGCCUGAGAGUGAAGAGGACGGAGCAGGAUGUCCCUCUCUUCUUCUUCUGACCUUCUUCUCCAUUAUUUAUUUGACUCUGACCAGUGAGACAGGAAGUUCAGUCAGCCGUGCCUUCACCUCCUCCAGUCCACAGACCUCCUGACAGGCUCCUCCUCCUCCUCCUCCUCCUCCUCCUCCUCCUCCUCCUCCUCCUCACAGAACGACCAUCAGAGAGAGAGGAGAGAGAGAGAGACCUGACCCAACGACCAAACAAACGACCAAUGAGGGUCAACAGAGAAACUGAGACCCUCCACAGACUGAGGAACCCACCUGAACUAAACUGAGUGGGCGGAGCUCCGAUCAUGAAGUGAAACACCUGCUCAGGUGAAUCAGAUCAGAGUCUCUUUAUGACCAAAGGUUCGUGGCGGUGUUGAGGAGGAUUCUGGGUAUUUGUCAUAGUUUUCCAUGAGACUGUUACACACAGACACACACACUCCUGACCCGCGGACCGGGACUUGGACUUGUUACUGAUGGACACAGGUCUGAUUCCUCUUCGGACGCUGCUGUACUGUCUGUUUCUGACUGUGUUACUGUGUGGGAAUGCAGAGGUCAAAGGUCAGGUUGUUUACAGACCCCCACCUGGUGUGAAUGCCUUCAAACAGACCUCAGAUCAGAACCUGUGUGUUUGCAGGAACUCUUUUAAUGACAACAGAACAAAUCUGGACUCUUCUUCGGAGCAGCUCCUGAACCUGUGGACGCUCUGAUCUGACGGUGAGUGUGGGCUCAGAGAGCGUCUCUCCUGUAGUAUUGAUGAUGCAGUGAACUAAGUUCCUUCCUUUUAAAGUCACAUUCCCCUUUUCUUCGUCUGAACCGUCUCCUGAUGUUUAUCCAAUCAAACGUCUGCGUCCUCUGAGGGACGUGGCGAGUGCAGCGUCUCCUCAGAGUCUGGUCCUCUGGGCUGAAUCGACCUUUAAUGACCUUGUACAGAUUUGUCCUCGUGAUGCUGUUGUUCUCAUUCAGUGACUGUGUGUUUGUUUACCUGUCAGGUGUUGCUCAGAAAGCCCUUUAACCUUCAGAUUCAGUUCAUUUAAAGGAAAUCUCUUCAGGCGAACGCUCACUCAGUUCGUUUACAGUCUCAGUUUAAUCAGA